GACCUCAGAAACAGACAAUAAAAACACUGAACGGAAGGUUUGUCUACGUGCUCCUGUGUUGUUGGUUUACAAACAAAACUCUUCAUCAGUUGUUGUUUUGGGGAGCCGGAGAUGGCGGCGUCGGUUGUGCAGUUCAGCGGGGUCUGGAGGCAUCAGCACAGCCAGAACCUGGAGGCCUUCAUGGCGGCUUUGGGUAUCCCUCCAAGCAUGCGCACUCGUUCCAAAGAUUUUGAGCCCAAGGUCGACGUCAAGGAACACAAUGAAGGUUGGAUCACGUGGUCCACGACAGCCAAUGGCAAGACGACCACCAACCACUUCCAGUUAGGGAGCGAAUUCUACGAGGACACAGGAGAUGGGAAGAAAAGAAAGGUGGUGUAUUUUUGGGACAACGAUCGUCUGGUGUCCGUGUUUAAAGACUGGGACGGGACCGGGACACGACUCACCAUCUCCCGCUGGAUAGACGGACACAAUGUCGUGGCGGAAGUAAACUUUCGUGACGUCACAUUGAAGAGAGUUUACCGGAAGUCGUAAGCGGCUUCGAAAGAAACGGGAAAAAAAGUAGUAACUUACACUGAUGAUGGAAGAACAUUUUAGGAGUAAUAUUGGUGUAAGCCGUGUGAACGUUGAUGCUGUGCUCUUUCACGGACUAUCAGUUGUGCAAUUCAUUUCUGUCAUUAUGUCGUUUUUCAAGCAUGAAAUUCGUGCAAAUUCAUGGGAUCUUGAAGAAAUAUAACAUUAUUAACAGUCCUGAUUCCUGAGUAUAAAAUUAUAUAUGUAACACGUUAAUGGACUAAGCGUCAUUCUUGGCUUCUAUGUUAAAAAAAACAAACUUUUAGGUAACAUACGGCAGCAUAUGACUAUUUGUAAACUUAGGCU